AUGAAUGCUUGUGUUCAUAGCUGUGAUCGCUUCAUGGACCUCAUGGAGAAGUGCGUCGACUUCGAAGCGAUCGCUAGAGACAGGGAGUUCAGAAUUCGAAGUGGAAUAACGCCUCAACUGGAGGAGUUGGCCGGGCAUAGAGAUGCCGCAAGGGAGGAAAUGGAGGUCAUCAAACAGGAAGUGUCGAGAAAAAUUAAGACGGAAGCGAGGCUAGCUGAGGCUGCUGCGCCGCACUAUUGGUGUCUGAGGGUUCCUAAGAAACAACAGGCUAGUGUGGAGAAAACAAGAGCGUACAAGAAGGUGCAAAUCAACAAGGCAGAGUUCCUGUUCACAUGUGGACCACUGGAGCUUGCCGUCUCACGAUUCAUGGACGCCCAGAGCCGGUAUAACGAAGCCGCACGUGAUAUUCAGAAGCGCACAGUUGAGGUAGCGGCGACCUAUCACCCAGCAGUAGCUCGACUGGCUGAUGUUCUGGCGUCCCUAGAUGUCCUAUGCUCCUUCGCCUGCUGCGCUCUGACUCAUCGCAUGGUUCGAGCGGACAUUGACGAUGCAACUCCUCCAGUGUGCAUUGACAUUGACGGCGCGAGGCAUGUUCUAGUGGAGGAGGCGAGGAUCAACGGCGAUAUCAAAAUGGACGAGGCCAUGGGAGAAACACAGAUCGCCUUUUACGGCUACAGGUUCGUCCCGAAUGACGUUAAAAUGCAGAGAGAAGGUACGGGUCACAUGAAUGGAAAUGAUGGCAGAGUUAUGGUCAUCACUGGCCCCAACAUGGGCGGCAAGAGCACCUACAUUCGGACGGCAGCUCUCUGUGUGUUCCUCAAUCAGAUAGGGUCCUUCGUGCCUGCCCAGAGGGCUCGGCUGGGCAUCUUUCGAUCGAUAAUGUGUCGAGUGGGGGCGUCAGACUAUCAGAUACGCGGUGUGUCUACAUUCAUGGCAGAGAUGCUUGAUGCUGCUUCCAUA